UCUGCAGCCAGACACUACGCAGAAGCAACUGAUUGUGUGGGUGACAAUCGACAGGGGCUCAGGCCACCAUCAAGGACAAACGAGAGUUGUCGCCUGUUGAACGGAACCAGCUUCCCCAAUGGCUUCUGGUGUCCUCUUUUCGGGUCUGUUUUUCAUUGUCCUUUCCAGCCUGUCUUCAACAAGUAACGGAGGUAUUAACGCCCAGAAUUCAGAGCUCUCGCAGCCCCAGGGGUCUGUUUCGGUCGUAAUAGGAGAAGUUCUCCACCUGGAGUGCCAAGUGGCUCGCAACCUCCCACCUGGUCCUGUGAAAUGGUACUUGGGAGAAGGACCUCAGCGGAAGCUCAUCUACGUAGAUAUCCAGACUGAUGAAGAAGACAAAAGAGUAACAAGGAAUUCUCCAGGUUCCAACACGGAUUUCACCAUCUCCAUCAGCAAUGUUACUCUGGAAGACGCGGGGACUUAUUACUGUGUGAAGGAGAGGAGAUUGCUUGGGAGAUCUUACGAUUGGUUUCAAGGACCGGGGACUCUGGUAGUUGUAGAAGGGUUCGAGAGACCACCCUUCUAUGGUCUCUAUUUGGGGCUCUUCCUGAACAAAUUAGCAGCUGCUCUCUUACUCUUCGGCUUUUUCCAAAGAAAGCAACACAGAUGCUGCCUUGCAAGAUAUUUGGCUAAAUGCAGACGCGUCUAAGGCGGGACUAGAACUCACUGGCUCCUGGUUUGUAGCCUGGUGCCUUAAACUAGUAAACUGGCUCCCUCUAUAGGUAAAAUAAGGAAGAAAAAAAGAAGAAAGAAGAAUGAAAGAAAGAAAGAAAGAAAGAAAGAAAGAAAGAUGGAAGAAAGGAAGGAAAGAAAAGAAAAACAUUAAGAAAAAUAAAGAAGAACAGAUAUAAUGAUGUUGUUCCUGAAAUUCUUCUCAGCAGUUAUAAGUAUAGGUAAUCCUCGACUUAUGACCGCAACUGAGCCCAAACUUUAUGUCAUUAAGUGAG